AGUCUUACCCUUUCAUGCCACUAAUAUACAAGCAGAAACCAUGUACAAAGUAUUAACGCCUAGUAUUAAAAACCUCCAUAUAAAUAUUGCUGCUUAUGGGACAAUGGAUACAUUUAUGUAGUGUUAAUGUAUGCCCGUGCAUCAGAAGAACCAGUGAGAUCCUUUUCAACUUUAAGAGAUGUUCUCUCUGUCAAAACCUAAAUUGCUUUUGCUCGCAUUUUGAACCAUACAGAUUGAACUACGAUGGAAGUACAACUGGCUAUACUUUUGUCUUGUUUCCCUCUUCGGACAACAGCAUGUUCUUGGAGAGAAUGGUAGUUGGCUGCAGCAUAAUAAAGUGCACCUUUACGUUUUGUUACGUUUUGUAUGUCUAGAUACCCUAAAGUUUGAAUGUACAGGAUGUAUUUUACCUGAUACUAAAGCAGACUACUACUGUCCAGAGAUUACUGAUCUAUUUUACUUUCGUUGCCGAAUAUACAAUUCUACAUCACUGGUCUGGACUUUGCUACACUACAGUAUACCUUUGGUAACUUCAACAUCGGUUGAUAAUGUCAUCCGUAAAGGCUCAGAUGUUACAGUCCUUGUGGAAAGGAUUGUGCCCGACAAUAAGGGUAGCUAUAACAGCAUAUUUUAGUUCUCACUUGUGGAUUGACUUUAAAGAAUUACCUCAGAAUGUCCGUUCUAUCAAUGUUACCUGUGGAAACACAACUACAAGUUCUCGCAAAGAAUUAUUGGCCUUAGGAGCGGUACAUUCCCCUACGAAUAUCAAUACCACAGCAGACAUUCUUGACCCUAGCAAGACUCCUAAAGAGUGUUUUGUGUACUAUGAGUGGCACCACCCUAAUCCAGACAAGGUUUUGUACUACAAAACUGAAAUAUUCCUUAACAGUGUAAAAUCUAUUCACAAAAUGAAUAUUCCUCAAGAAAUACAAAAUGCAACAUGUCUUCUUGGCACUGAUGCUCUCAGCAAAGAUGACCAUUAUUUGGUAGUAAUCACUACUGUUGAUCGAUGUAAUCAACGUGCAAGUAACAGCAAAAGAAUAGGUAGAAUAACUUCCUGUACUUCUCUUGAAACCUAUUAUUUAUAUUUCCCCCUAUUUAGAUACGACGCUUUGCUCAGAGCCCCAAGACCAGUGUUCAGGCUCCGGCCAUCAAGGGAUAUCUAUGCAUGAAGGAUUGCUCUUCUCUGCAGUCCUUCUCUUAGCCAUUGGGACUGUCUAAAGAUGUGAAGAGCGUGUAGCAGUAGCUAGGUAAAUAAAUUACAGGAAAAAGUUUUCUAUACAUAUUAUACGCAUGUGAGAUUUUGACCCGCC